CGGCGAGCGAACCGCGAUUUGCCUCAGCGCCGCUUUCCCCUGGAAAGGUGGCUUGCAGAAUCUAUAUAAGUAGAGGAAGUAACGAGCGAGGACGAGCAAAAGAAAGAGCCCCAUUUGAGCCCUCUCACUGAGGAAUAGGACAUCAUGGCCCUCUUGCUCUUUUCGUUCCUCUCCUUCCUCGCGGUCCUCAACCUCGUCCUGACUCCACCUACCUCUGCGCUCCCGAAACGCAGCAACAAGCCCGAGAUCUCCAUGACGAUCUACAACAACUGCCAACAGGCCUUUACCCCGCGCUUCUCGUCUGCUCCCUCGCCGUCGUUCCAGGCGCGCGAGAUCGGGUCAAAGGAUUCCCAUGUCUUCACUUUCGACUCGCAGAGCUUGUGGAAGGGCCAGAUCUGGGCGCCGUUGCCCGGCCGCGCGAGCGGUGCGACGACGAGGGCCGAGAUCGACUUUGACUCGGGCGAUUACGACAUUGUCUUGGACAAGGGCUUCAACGUUGCAGUCUACCUCGAGCACCAAGGCAAAAAGUACGAAGACAGCUGCAAUGCCGCCGUCUGCUCCGAUGCCAACUGCACCGAUGCCUACCGAAAGGAGAGCGGGCUACUGCAGGGGACGAGACAGGGCGACUCGACGCAGGCUCCCAACCACGCCUGCCCGGCCGACUUCCUGACAUGGGUCGUGAGCUUCUGUUAGAAAAAGACAUACGAAUAUAACAUUGCAGUAGAUCGGUGCGGCGCCAUGCCUGGGAGGCCGUUUGUCAAGAUACUCGUACAUGUGUGCGUCAAGAGGAGAGAAAGAAAAAGACCCGAGAGAAGUGGUUGGACCAGUGCUGCGUGUGGAGACGGGAAGAGAGUCUAGUCUGGGCGUCAGAUUAGGAGUCG